CUGUAACCAUGUCACUAUAUUUGUGGCUAAUUAGUUUAAGGGUACCGCAGUUUUCCCUAAGUUAUGUAGUUUUUCAUCCUUAUCCAUGGGUAAUCUGUGGUUUGCCUGCAGCAGCAGUCAAGAAGCAAUGAGCCACCGCCAAGAAGGAGGAAGCUAAACACUGCCAUGCCCAGUGAUGACGAGCUCAUCCAUUUACCAAAUCCGAUGAUUGGGUUCGGUGCACCUAAUGAACCUGGGCUUAUAACAGAGAGGCCAGUCCCAAUCCCUGACAUUGCUCGUGGUCCGCCCUACUUCUACUUCGAGAACGUUGCAAUGGCACCAAAAGGUGUUUGGGCCAAGAUGUCUAGUCAUCUCUAUGACAUCAAGCCAGAAUUCGUGGACUCUUUGUACUUCUCUGCUGCUGCAAGGAAGGGAGGUUAUAUUCACAACCUCCCUAUCAAGAACAGGUUUGAGAUACAGCCCACUCCACAUUAUACCAUAGAGGACGAGUUUCCUGACACCAAGAAAUGGUGGCCUGUUUGGGAUAACAGAACGAAGCUGAACUGUGUGUUGACUUGCAUCGCCAGUGCUCAGAUCACGAAGGAUAUACGCGAGCGUCUUGAAAAACAUGAAGGGGAUCCACGUGUACAGAAAGAUGUGGUCGAUCAGUGCAAAAGAUGGAACCUGGUUUGGGUUGGUAAGAACAAAGCUGCCCCACUUGAACCAUGCGAGAUGGAAAGUCUUCUAGGCUUCCCAAGAAACCAUACUCGUGGUGUAAGCAGAAGGGAUCGAUACAAGUCUCUAGGCAACUCAUUUCUGGUUGAUACUGUUGCCUAUCACUUGUCUGUGCUCAAGGCUUUGUACCCAAAAGGUGUAAACGUCUUGUCACUCUUCACGGGCAUAGGCGGUGGAGAAGUGGCACUUCACCGACUCCAGAUUCCGAUGAAGCUAGUUGUAUCCGGUGAGAUUUCUGAAAUGAACAGGAACAUAUUCAGGAGUUUUUGGGAGCAGACAAAUCAAAGGGGUGAUCUGAUAGAGUUUAGAGAUGUUGAAGAGCUUGACGACCACAAGAUAGAGGGACUUAUGGACCAGUACGGAGGGUUUGACCUUGUCAUAGGCGGUAGCCCCUGUAACAAUCUAGCUGGAGCUAAUAGGGUUAGUAGGACUGGACUUGAAGGAGACCAGUCAUCACUGUUCUAUGACUACUGCCGGAUUCUAGAGGCGGUGCACCACAAAACCCACAAGAAUGAGAAGGUAGAGUGUCUCUUGUGUAGAUGACUUUUUUUUUUUGCAUGAGUCUUGUAUGUUGUAGCUUCAAACCAUACUAAACCAAUAUGUUGAUUUGUCUUUUAUUAAC